AUGGCAGCUGUGACAGGUCCGAAUUGUUGUAUAAGUCCUUCAAGUUUAGCUCUUUACUCUAGACAUACACCACAGUCCACUUCGACAAGGAAUGUGGUGCAUUUGUUUCAGAUGAUCAGAAGUGGAACCGUAAGUAGUUUCGAUUACACUCUUCCAACAAAUAUACAACACUACAGACAGUCUACUCCUCCGGUGUACAACAUGGCAAACAUACCAAAAGACAUUCCUCUUUUCAUUAGCUUUGGAGCGAGAGAUGCACUUUCAGACGUAAAUGAUGUGAAAAUUUUGCUCAACGACCUCAAAAAUCACGACAAGGACAAGUUUGUGGUACAAUACAUAAACGAGUAUGCUCAUCUGGAUCUUGUUUUCGGUUGGAAUGCCAAUCAAAAAGUUUAUGAUCCCAUGCUCGCUUUCUUCGGGCGACAUUGA